AUGGGUAUUCAAGAUAAUCCUCCUAAGAAUGGAAAUUUCUACUUCCCAUCAGAUUACUUUGCAGCCUUAACAGCUUAUUAUCGAGGAGAUGAUGCAACUCAAGGUACUCUUAGAAUAAACAACCCAGACAUGCCUCGCCCUGAUUUUGUAGCAAUUCCUCCACCAGGCUAUAUUGAUUACACACUUGUUCCUUUAGUUUGGACAUUCCAGUCUCCAAAAAUAGAUCGUAACAAUGUCACUUAUCGUGCAUAUAUCAAUGGAACGCUUCUCGAGCCGGAUUCACGAUUUCCUUAUGGUGGCUACCAAGAUAUGGGUGAUUGGAGUACUACUGAUGGUGCUAGAUUCACUAGAAAAGUUGGAUUUGACACGAAUUGGCAUUCGGAAGGUAUGUCAAAUCCAUAUCUUCCAUAUCCAGGAACAAAAAUUCGUGUAGAAGUUGAAUCAAAUGGAUAUUCAUGGGAAUAUGAAACAUUAGUUGUUGACUGUGAACACCCACCAACACCAGUUCCAACACCAGGAAUAACUCCUGUUGAAUCGCCUGCUUUAACUCCUAUUCCUUCACCAUCAUCAAUCGAAACUCCAGCUCCAAUGCCAAUUUCAAACCCAAUCCAAUCCCCAACAGCUUCCCCUAAAAAUGAUCCACUUACUUCUUCAGGAAAUGUAAGUUCACAAAAUGGUAAGAAUGCUAAUCAGAAGAAAACAACAAAAUUAGGACUUGAAGUUGGUAUUCCAGCUGCAGUUAUUGUUCUUGCAGCUAUAGGUGUUGGCAUUUUCAUAUUAAUUUCAAAAGGAUUAAUAGGUCAUCAUCCUAGUGCACCUUCUGAUGAGGAAGGAAUUGAUGUUUAA